CGCUCAUAUUAUUCAUGUGUUUUCGCGGCACUGAGCGUCGGUAUUUCUGUGGCGGAACUUAUUUUCAUUUGUAAUUCUAAAUUUAAUUCAUUUUAAUCAGUGUUUAUAGUGUUAUUCGUAAGAUAAUUUGUGAUAACGUGUGUGAAAAACGUAGUGAUGGUUACUGUGAGCUGGUUCCGCUCAUUUCGAUGUAUAAAAUUAUGAUGGCGCGUGUUUGACUGUGUUACUGAGUGCUUUCUCGUAACAAAUUAGGACUUUGCUCGAACGAUAUUUGAGCGCUAAUAAUUCUAGUUAAUAUUCCUGUUUCUGUGUUAUUUAACCUUUCUGAAUUUGAUGCUGGAACAAUUGUAUCUGGAAACAUCGUUGUGCAAAAAAGGAUAUUAAGUUUUCGAUGUACUGUGGCUCAAUUAUGCACCAAGGAGACCGCCAAUCUGACGAUUUGCCUGGUGCAAAUAGCAAUCACUGACGCGACUAAACUGUGUAACGACGAGAAAACCAAGUGAAGUGCUUGGAGACGGGCGUAACCUGUUAAUAUUGGUUCGCCGUCACAUUUCUCAUUGAAUUAUUCUGAAAAUUAUGAAAUUGCAAUAAAUUAUUCGCGUUUUCUGGCGAUACUUGCGAUGUUCUAUUUUGUUACGUCAGACGCGUAUAGAAGGUCCUAGAUUCGUUGACAGAUAUCAGAAUGGAUGAGUCUGAGGAUAACAUGAGCUCUGAGGACCUGAAGGCCUCAGACAGCCCCGCUACUGUCAAAACAAAACCAAAGAAAAGGUCAUUGAUCGAACGUGAACUUGAAACCAGUUUGACUGCAAGAGUGACUUCACCGGUGUCCACUGGUGAUGGAACCAGCACAAGUCGUUAUGGCAGAGCCCGCCGUCUCAAAACUGAGAUUGAGCAGUCUGACACUAAGAAAGUGACAACUGAAUUAAAAUCUCCAUUGCCCGAGAAAUCUCCAAUGAAGAUGCCGUCUCCAGUUUACAAGAUGCAUGCAUCAAACUCUCCUUUAAGAUCUGAACAGCCGAAAACAUUAGGUGUGGAGGCUUUUUUGGAGAAUCAAAUUGAAAAUAUUUAUCAAGAGAAUAUAUCACUGAGUCGUUUUGGUACUGAGGAAGUUAAGAAGACUAGUCCGUCUCCGGCUAAGAAGUUCCCUAAAGUUUAUAUUAGGAAGGACUUGAUUCAAAAGAGGGAGGCUGAUGAGAAUGUUAUGGUUAUAAAGGACAUAUACUCUCCUUCAAAAAGUGCGAGCAAGUCUUCCAGUACACAUUUGAAUAAUAUUCUGGAAAGGUCCUCUGAGAGAUACAAUAUAGCGUCCAAACAGCAGAAUGGCCUUCUGGACAACUCCUCUGUUGUUAAAACUCUGGAUUUUGACAGUAAAAAGAAGAAGAAAGAUAGUAAUAAGGAUAAGAGUCUUUCUAAGAGUGAUUUGUUUGAUUUAGAAGCCAAAUGUGCUUACCAAGUGGGUGAUCUGGCAUGGGCGAGAAUGGGAACUUAUCCAUUCUGGCCAUCCAUUAUAACUAGAGAUCCAGCCAAUGGAAUAUUUGUUAAAAAGAAGUUAUUUGGCCGUAUAGAACGUGACGUUAUUCAUGUGACUUUCUUUGGAGACAACGGACGUCGUGGUUGGAUUGUGGACACUAUGCUCCGGAAGUACCAUGGCCAGCUCGAGUUUGAGGCUACUCGGGAAAACUUUACACCUGAGGACAAGAAAAAAGAUCCGAGACUCUACGCAGCAUUCUUCGUGUCAGAAAAGAAACAAGCUCUGUGGAACACAUCCGUGGAAGAAGCAGAAAUGCUGCUGAGGGAACCAAAGAGAUUGAGAAUAGACAUCUUCAAUGACAUGCUGGAGAAGUCCAGAUCCAGAGCAAAGCAACAGAAGAGCGGUAAAAUUAGUAGGACGGACAGUGACGUAUCGUUAAGCGAGAGUUUAUACGAUAGCUUAUUCUCUGAAGACGACGGCAAGACAGACAGUACAGAACGGUCCAGAAAUAGGACAAGGAACAAGUCUUUAGACGUUUUCGAAGUCGUCACAGCCUGUCUCGACAAUAUGGCCGCCAAAACUGGCAUCACGAAGAUCCAAAGACAGUCCCACAUGGAUAGGUGGCUUCAGAAAGCCAAAUCCAAAACUCCAGAGAAAACUCAGGCUAAAUCUCAAGUUCCUCAAAUGAAAUUAGAUGAUAAGAAAGAAACGAAAGUGAUUAGUUCUAAAAAAAAGAAGAGUUUGUCUCGAGUCGCUGUUAAAAAGCCUUAUAGUUUAAGAAAAUCUAUGGCCGAAUCUCAGAAUCUGUUGCCUUUUCAAAAUGAACAUGAUUAUAGUAAAGCUGAGGUUACAGAUUCCGAUCAUAACUCCACUGAUACUGAUAGCUGUAAGAAUUUUGUUGCACAAAAGCUGACUGAGAAAGGUAGUGUAGAUGACCCUAUAGUUGUAGAUAGUCAGAGUAGUGAAAUGGAGACAGAAAACGAAACUGAAGUGAGCCAAAGUGGUACUGAAGAAGUUAAUACUAAAGAAACAACAACAAAAUUAAAUGGGAAAUGUGAUUCUGAUAUUGAAACUAAUAAUGAAGAUUCUCAGGAUCACGCCAGUAUAAUUACAGUUACGUCAUCCAGUAAAGUUGCAACUGAGGAUGAACAAACACCUAAAGAUGCUGACAAAGAUAAUGAGUCAGUUUUUGAAAAUGAUGAAUCCACACAAGACACUGUUAUUGAUAGAGAUCAAGUAAUGAGUCCAGUGUACGAAGAUUCAUUUGAUGAAAACAGUCAAAAUACAGAUAGUCAAAAUGAUGAGAGUGCUAAAAAGAACCCUGAAUCUGUUGAAACAGAGUCGCAGGAUGAAAUAACUAAUGAUACAAUAAGUACUGAGAGAAGUUGCAUGUCUAUUGAUGAGGACAGCGAUUAUAAACCUCCAAAUAGUGCUGAAUCUGAAGAGGACAGUAUGAACGAUACUAAUCUUACUGACGACAGUAUAGAGAUCAACCUAGGUAAGGAACCCAGUAAAUCUAAAACUAGUAAAGAUUUAGUAAGGGUCCCAGAUGUACACUCAAAUAGUAGUCACAGUGACGCAAUAGAAUCUAAUAAAAUUACCUCAAAAAACGAAAUAAAAGAACAUUUUAAUGGUAAAUCUAAUGACGCAAUCUUAAUGGAAUCUGAUAAUAAAAUGACAAGUAUGAAUAAAAUUGAAAAUGUCAAAGAAACUAGACCAAUGAAUGGUCAUGUUAGUAUCAAAGAAAUUGAUAUGGAUGUCGAUGAAGUUCAAAUACCUAGUCCUAAGCCACAAAUCGUAGAAAAUGGCUUUCAUGAUGAAGACAGACAUAUGAAUGGCGAUGUGGAUCCAGAAAUCAUAUCUAUCAACUCAGAAGAUAGCGUUUCUUCCACAAAAUCAGAUAGUAGAAGGAAAUUACGUUCGAGAAAUAAGAAUCAGAUAAACAACAGUCCUUUAAGAAACCCUGAAUUCGUUAAAUAUCUUGAACUAAGACAAGAUGCGAUCAUGGAUGAAAAUCCGCAGCUGAAUCAAGAUGAAAUAGUAGCAUAUUUGUACAAAACUUGGUUGUACGAAGAAAAUUCUAAGUCAGAUGAUAAGAAAACUGAAGAUUUGAGAGAAUUAAAUCUCGUCAAAGGACUUAAUACAGAACGUGUAGAGAAAAAGAAAGCGAAAGAAAUUGAUCAACCGAAACAAAGGAAUUCACAUAGGAAAAAUUUGAGUCUAAACAGAAAUAUUAUGCAGAGGUUCUUGCAAAGGAAAACUAGAGAAAAGCCAGUGGUACAUUCAAUAACUGACAGUGAUACUGAAAGUGUUAAAGAUGAUUCUCAAUCGGAAGAAGAAUCGCCUAGAUAUAGUCCCAUAUUAAGUAGAGCAGAGAGUGAAAUGCAAUCUACAGAAAUGGAAACUGGAGACCCAAUAGCUAAAGACAGUGCACAAGAUGAACCUAAUAGAUUUAAACCAAUAGCGAUAGAUAACCCACAACCAAGUAAAGUAGUAACCAAUGACAGUAAACCACAACCAAGUAAAGUAUUAAAUGACAGUAUAGAGACUGACAAAAGUGCAUCACCUGUAACAGUAAUAGAAGUUCAAAAUAAACAAAUAGAUGAAACGGAGAUUGCUUUAGGAUCGCGUACUGUUACUCCAAUAGAUGUUCCAAGUAAUAAGGAAGUAACUGAGCCAGAAAAUGAACCAGAGUUAAAAACUGAUGACGUUAGUAAAGAAGUACAACCAAUAGACCCAUCAAAUGCCGUACAGGUGGCUUUCAAUGAAGAACAAGAUGAUAAGCUUAGAAGCGACUGUGAUACAGAAUCUCUUAAUUCCUUAGAUAGUGAAACACCUCUUAUUAAAUGUAAACUACGAUCUAAAAGCAGAAGAAACAAUUCUCAAGAAGUUAAACCAAGAGAUGAUGAAGACACUAUUUCUAUAAACUCUGAAGGAAGCGAAGUGUCCACUAAACGUAGAAAGAAAACCCAGAAGAGAAUAGAAAAUGCUCUAGAAGACCCAGAAUUUGUUAAGUAUUUGGAACUAAGGCAAGAUUCCUUAAUAGAUGAACAUCCAGAACUAACACAAGACGAAAUCGUGUCCUAUUUAUACCAAACCUGGUUAUACGAAGAGAAUACAAAGUCUGACAUUAAGAAGAACGAUGAUAUCGAACAAUCCACUUUAGUUAAAGGCCUCAAAGAAACAGUAGCACAACAGCCUAAGAAAAUCAAACGUAAAGUAAAAACUGAGAAAGAAACAGAAAAAGACAUUGAUGACGAUACUGUAGUUAAAGAUAAACCAAGAAGGAAAGUAGUAAAGCCUUAUUAUAAUGAAGAAUUCUCUGAUGUUGAAGAAGAACUCGAAGUCUUUCCUAUAUUUAAUCCAAACCAGCAAAGACUCAAUGAGAACGGUGAAACAACUGAACCGAUACACGAAGUAAAUGACAUUGAUGAAGUAGAACUUUACUUCGAACAACUAGCGCGACCAAAACCUAACGUUUUCAAAGGACUGAUCAGAGAGAAGGUUUGCGAACUAUGCGAGAUGACCGGUAACCUAGUCAAGUGCAAAGGAUGCAAUGGAAUGUUCCACGUAGAAUGCGUUAAUAAGGAAGAUGUAGAAGUUGAAACUCCAGCCCCGACUAGAGGGAGAAAGAAGAAGAAAAAGCUAGGAAGGAAACCCAAAAACUCCGAUGAAUUCGACAGCCAAGACGACAACACUCAAAAUGUCUCCGAAGAAAACGCGUCCAUAGAAGAAAUCCUAGAAUCGGAAUCUCACACCGUCGACGCAGAAACACUAGAAGCACAAAUCGAAGCUAAAAUGAAAGAGCUAUUGGAAAACGAAAAGAUCGAUUACGAUUCUUAUUCGAGUGACGAUGGCUGCGAUUGGAGCGAGACAAUACCAGGAAAAUGCGAGAUAAUCGAUAUAAAAUUGAAACCGAGACGGUCGAAUGAAGUCGAUUAUUCGAAUUUCAAAUGUAAGAACUGUCAAAAGUACGAUGUGCCAGUGUGUUUUGUUUGUAAGUCUGCGGUGUCGAAGAACGAAGAGACUUUGAGGCAGAAGUGUCAUGUGGCUCAUUGUCAUAAGUACUAUCAUUUGAAGUGUUUGGACCAUUGGCCUCAAGCGCAAUUUAAUGGGGGCGAGCCUUCGAAGACUAAUAAGAAAAUUAAUGAGUAUUUCGAGGCUUUAACGUGUCCAAGACAUGUCUGCCAUACUUGUGUCUCCGAUGAUCCUCGUGGUUGUAAAACAAGGUUUAGUGGAGAUAAGUUAGCGCGGUGCGUGCGAUGCCCAGCUACGUACCACUCGUUUACAAGAUGUCUUCCAGCUGGGACGCAGAUUUUGACGGCGUCUCAUAUUAUUUGUCCGAGGCAUUAUGAGCAUAGGCCUGGGAAAGUACCGUGCCACGUGAACACAGGGUGGUGUUUUAUUUGCGCGCUGGGCGGUUCACUUAUAUGCUGCGAGUAUUGUCCAACGUCCUUCCACGCUGAGUGCCUUAAUAUUAAGCCGCCUGAAGGUGGCUACAUGUGUGAGGAUUGUGAAACUGGACGCUUGCCGCUGUAUGGAGAAAUGGUGUGGGUCAAACUGGGUCAUUAUAGAUGGUGGCCCGGUAUAGUUCUGCAUCCAUCAGAGAUACCAGAAAAUAUAAUGGCGGUGAAACACAAUCUCGGAGAGUUCGUGGUUCGAUUCUUCGGUCAGUACGACCACUACUGGGUCAAUAGAGGACGCGUGUUCCCAUUCCAAGAAGGUGAUUCUGGACGAAUAUCAAGUCAGAAGUCCAAAAUCGAUGCAGCGUUUACCACCGCUAUGGAGCACGCGCAGAGAGCCUGCGAAAUAUUGAAAGCGGCCCAACCGAACGAGGAAGAAUCUCUAGACAUAGCAUCGUCCCUGCUCCCGCCUCACUAUGUGAAGCUGAAGGUGAACAAGCCGUGUGGCUCCCUCUGUGGGCGGAAACUGGACGAUCCCGAGAGUUCACUGACCCAGUGCGAGUGUAACCCUAACGAUGAAGACCCUUGUGGACCUUAUUCCCAGUGUUUGAAUAGAAUGUUAUUAACGGAAUGCGGGCCCACAUGUAAGGCAGGCGACAGAUGCAACAACCGCGCGUUCGAGAAGAGACUGUACCCUAAACUAGUGCCUUACCGGACCCCCAGCAGAGGGUGGGGGCUCAAAACCUUGGAGGAUAUUAAAGCAGGACAGUUCGUGAUAGAAUACGUUGGCGAGUUAAUAGACGAGGAGGAAUUCCGCCGGCGCAUGCGCAGAAAGCACGAGAUCAGAGACGAAAACUUUUACUUUCUAACGCUGGACAAGGAGAGAAUGAUCGAUGCCGGACCCAAGGGGAAUCUUGCUAGGUUUAUGAACCACUGUUGCGAGCCAAACUGUGAAACACAGAAAUGGACGGUGCUCGGCGAUGUACGAGUUGGAUUGUUCGCUCUUUAUGAUAUACCAGCUAACAGUGAAGUGACGUUCAACUACAAUUUGGAGUGCGCCGGCAUUGAGAAGAAACGAUGUAUGUGUGGAGCUAAACGGUGCUCCGGGUACAUCGGGGCUAAACCUAAGCAGGAUGAAUCACAAUCAAAGAAACCAAAGCUACCAGGCAAAAGGACGUACAAGAAACGAAAACCGACUGAGGAGUCGCCUUCAACGAAGAACAAGCCGAAACGACCAAUCGGACGCCCGCCCAAACCGAGAGAGCUAACAGAGAUAGAGAAAGACCUCCUAAUCAUAAGGAAUGCGACCAAUGGGAUCUCAAGCGAUGAAUCCACAAGAAGCGCUAGCUCAGAAUAUGAGAGACACCCAAAAGCUUUAAAAAGAAAACGGGUUAGCUUCUCAACCGAAGAAAUUAUUCUCUACGACGGAUCAGAGUCACCUAGUGUCAAAAAACAUAAACUCGAAGACAGACUAGACGUUGGGGAUUGAAACAAAGGAAUUAACAUUUUUAAUCUGUGCGAAAGAGUGCUAUUUUUUUUAUAAAGUGUUCUUUUUUUAAACGGAUUAAUUGUGUGCGUGUGUGUGUAAGAGGGAGAUGGUUGUAUAUAGCUGUCUCUGUUACAUGUAUGGACUUUGAUUUAAAUGCAGUUUGAUUAUAAUAUCUAUGUUUAUAUCUGCAUGAUUUAUUUAAAGGAGUAUGAAUAUUGUUAGUUGUAUGUAUUAUGUUGGUAUGUGUUGGUUUGCUUGCUAUUCUAUAUAGUUAUAAAUAUAAUUUGGCAAAUAAUAUAUAAAAUAGUCUUAUGAAAUCUAAUUUCUUUAAUUUUCUUAAGUGAAUUUACUUACUAUUUCAUUUAAAACCCAGUUACACAAAAGUACUUUCUAUUUAUUUCUUAAUGUUUACGUAAUGUGUAUCUUUAUCUAUUAUUUAUUUAUAGUUUCUUUUCUUUUUCUUGUUCAAAUAAAAUUAAAUACUAAAUUCACCUAAGUAUGAUGUUAUUGUAGCGUUUUAUACACAACAUAAAUAGUUUUCAAUAUACAAAUGAUAGGAACGGGAACCAAAUAUUGCUUGGGAGGUCAGGCAGUUUGAUUCCCGCUCGUGUAAUUUGUUUUUUAAACUAAAGCUAACCAAACCAACACAAAUCAAAGAAAAAUAUUCUAUCAAAGAUUUUGUUAUUUGUAUAUACUCUAGAAUAGACUUAGAAUAAAAAAAAUAUCAGGAAACGAAUGUAGUCUGAUGCGAUUAACGCCUUUAUUGUAUAGGUAAAUAAAGUUCAUAAUACUGUAACAAUGUUCGUUGCCUUACGACCAGUUUGUUGUUAUAUGCCAAAUUUGUUAUUUUUAAAGGCUAGUUUAUAUGUUUUGUGAAUAUACUGUGAUGCAAAAUUGUAAGGAUUUCUUAGCUUGUCUAUUGUGAUUUGUAUGAGAGCCGAUAUAUUUGUUACCGCGCUGAUGGAACGGAAAGGGUUUUGUCAAGACAGGACUAAUAAUUAAGUUAAAUAAAAUAUUAAAAUUUA